AUGACUUCAAGGAACACUAGUUCUAUGUCUGUUUCAAGGUCAUCACCUAAGGUAGAUGGUGGAGACUGCAAGAAAAUAGAGGAAGGAGAGCAAAUCAAUCAAUAUGUUGCAAUUGUUACCUCUACUAUAGACCAGCUGAAGACACAAGUCCAAGCUAAUCGAUCUAUGCAUUCACUUGCAGAUACCAGGCAGGUACCAAAUGCGAUUGAGAAGGAUGGUAAUAAGGACAUGUUUACAUUGAGAAUAGAAAGUGCUCACUGUAAAUUAAGUGAUUCUGAUCAUAUGUUGGGAGACAAGGAAAAUGUAAAUUGUCAAGAAGAAGGUUCUAGUGCAUCCUCAACAAUUAUUUAUGCAAGCAGCUCUGGGAACCAAAGGAUGGCAGAUGAUCAGUCAGUUGUUGGAAGGAGGCGUAUUUACUAUGACAAAUGUGGAAAUGAAGCAUUGGUUUGUAGUGAUAGUGAGGAGGAGGUUGCUGAAGAGGAAGAUGAUAGACAUGAGUUUACUGAAGGGGAUGAUUUUGUUUUACGAAUGACAAUACAGGAGCAUGGGCAAUCCCAGGCAGUGUUCACAAGCCUUGGUCAGUGUAUUGAAGCCAAACCUUCUGAGCUUGAGGGAAGAUAUAUAUUUCUUACAGAGCAAGACAAGAAGAAACAAGUGAAGAACUCUGAAACUACUGCAGCAACUGCAGAAAAUAUAGCUUCUAGUGAUGACAUAUUUCUUGGAAAGGAUCUAGAUGCUACUUUGGAUUCCUUUGACAACUUGUUUUGCAGACGUUGUUUGGUUUUUGAUUGUCGGUUACAUGGUUGUUCUCAGGGUCUCGUUUUACCUAGUGAAAAACAAUCACCAUGGAGCAACCCUGAAGAAGACAACAAAACACCAUGUGGGAUCCACUGUUAUUUACUGGCACUGAAAGCUACAGAAAACAUCACUGUUGCAGAUUCUUCUACUCCUGAUGCUUGUGAGGUGACGCCUCUUCGUGGAACUAGAAAAGAUAUCUUCAUGGAAUGUUUUCCAAAGGAAGGUUCAGGUGCAAAUAGUAGCUGCACAGGUGUUAAAAGGCCAAAAACUGUCAUGACUGAAGGUGCUUGUUCUGGUGAAGAAGUUACAGCUGAGAGCAAUCAAGGAGACUCUAAUGCUGGAAAGGAAGCAUCAACUUUGCAACAUGCAAAGUUUUCUAGGAGAGGUAAAAGACGAAUAAAACGUGGAGGUAUUUCAAGGAAAGAUUAUAAGAGAACUGCUAAAGAAGUAUUAGUUUCCAUGAGGAAAAGACAAAAAACAAUUGCAGUUUUAGAUAUGGAUACUAUUGUCAGUGGAAGUACCCCACCUUCUGAUGUUAAUUUCAGCUCAAACACAAGGUGUUCUGAUAGCAGUAAAUCCAAAAUCUCUCAAAAGAAACUUUUCAGGACUAUUUCAGUCACAAAACGAUCCAGAAAACAAGAUUUAAGCAAUAUAGAUGAUGAUCAAGCACAUGAUAUAAAGGAGGCAUGA